AUGGACGCUGAGAGUCUUAAUCAACAUGUUCAACGAGAAGUCACAUCAGACCCCUUAUCGGAGACCACGGACUGGCUCGAUGACGGGAAUAAAUUCCACCAACCAGGCUGGCAGGUAGCUCUAUGGGCUAUCGCCUACUCCCUCAUCAUCCUGGUCUCUGUGACUGGGAACGUCACUGUCAUCUGGAUCAUUUUGGCACACAGACGCAUGAGGACAGUGACCAACUACUUCAUCGUCAACCUGGCCUUCUCUGAUGUUUCUAUGGCAACUUUCAACACACUUUUUAACUUUGUUUAUGCUCUUCACAAUGACUGGUACUUUGGCCUGGGCUAUUGCAGGUUUCAAAACUUCUUCCCAAUUACCGCCAUGUUUUCAUCCAUUUACUCUAUGACUGCCAUUGCAGUGGAUAGGUACAUGGCCAUCAUCCACCCGCUGAAGCCCCGCCUCUCCUCCACCUCCACUAAAGGUCUUAUUGCUCUCAUCUGGAUCAUUGCUGUACUGCUGGCAUUUCCUCAGUGCUACUACAGUGUGACCCACUUUUACUAUCCCCGGACAGUGUGCAUGGUGGACUGGCCUGACAGCUAUGGGGGAACACCCCAACUGAGUUACCAGUACACAGUGAUAGUGUUGAUCUACCUACUCCCCCUGUUGGUUAUGUUGGUGACCUACAGUCUGGUGGGCUGUACGCUGUGGGGGGCGCACAUCCCUGGAGAAGCCUCUGACCAUUAUCACAAUCAGAUAACAUCCAAGCGAAAGGUUGUGAAGAUGAUGAUUGUCGUAGUGACAACCUUUGCUUUUUGCUGGCUGCCCUAUCAUGUUUAUUUCAUACUUGGGACAUUCAACUCAGAAAUCUAUAAGAAGUGGUACAUCCAGCAGGUUUAUCUUGCCAUAUUCUGGUUGGCCAUGAGUUCAACCAUGUACAAUCCUAUCAUCUAUUGUUGUCUCAACCAGAGGUUUCGUGCUGGUUUUCGUCACGCUUUCGCUUGGUGUCCGUUUGUCAAAUUGUCAGAGGAAGAUAAGAUGGAGUUUCAGCACAUGCGCACAUUCAGAGUUACAAUGACACGCAGCCACCGGCAGGAGGUCUCCAUCAAAACCAGCAACACACUCAAUAUCAACAAGGAGCCUGCAGAGCCAGAGGGAUAUGCAGCAAUACAAAUAAAAAAGCUAUCUGAUACUACACUUACUGACCACACUCACUGA